GCGCGAUGAAAUUAGUGAAGACAUACAAUAUAGUAUUAAUAUAAUAAAAAUUAUUAAAAUUAUUAUGCUCGUUCAGCAGACCGAUAUUAAUUCCAAUCCACAAAGUGUAUGUUAUACACCGUUAAAACAUCAAAUUUUGGUUGAAACAAAACUGCGUUCUCGAUUUUGGUGUCGUCCCAGUGUACCCGAAACGUUUGUACGAGAAUUUCUAUCGUUUUAAAUUCCCUUUUAUCCGGUUGACGAUUAUCAUACUUUCUUCUUUCUUCCCAUGAAUGAAGUCAUCGAUGAUAGGUCCGAUUGUGCAUACAUAUAUUGAAGAUGGAAAUCUCAUUAUCAAUGGCGAUUGCAGAAAGAACAUAAGAUCACAUCCGCUGGUUAUGCGAGCUAAAAUAUUUAUAAAUUCUGAUGUAAAAUACAAGAUGGAAACGGGGUCGCUAACUGAUCGCGCCUGGCUGGAGAGAGUCCAGAAAUCAGGCAGAAAGCGCGGUGGGUAGUCGGCGUUAUUGAGGUUGUCGAUGGAAAUGCAAAUGGCUGUCAUCAUGAUGUAGUCGGGUCUUAUUUUUCCUUGCCUUGAGACACAAACAAUCGCGAAAAUGUUGAAUACCCUUAGAAUACGAUAUUCGUAAUGGCGCUACGGAUGAAGGUUAAGCUUGCGGUUUUGUGUGCGUGAAUUAAAGGCGGGGUAAGUGUACAAAGUACGCGGGAAAAUCUUCCUCAUGGCUGGAUACACGCGCCUUCCAGUUAAACUCAUCCGGUAACUGAUCCGAAGAGUUUAUCAAACAAUAGAGAAUAAGUGGUAACAGCGAUAGUUAUGCCAGCUGUAAGUGUUUACGAUCCUGUUGCGGCAACACUCCGCCGUACUUUAGAAGGUAACCAAAGGAAAGGAACAGAGGAGCUAUCUACAAGUUUACUUGUUAGCGCAUCAAGAAUUCUUCAAGGAGAAGUUCAAUAUAAAGAAGUCGAUGAUUAUCAGGCAAAAAUUUUGGAUCAACUCAAAGCUAAAUAUAUUGUCUUGAGUUUACCAAAUUCAGAUAAUCUAGAAGAUACAAAAUCUAAAGAUGGUACAACGUAUGUAAAAAAAAACGAAGGUAUGAGUAAAGGUCCUACAUUGCCAGAACCAGCUGUUACUUUGUAUUGUUCCAAGAAAGUAAAUCUAGGAUGGAGAGGAACAUUUCCAGUAGGUGCUGGCAUGUAUAAUGUUGGUAAUACUUGCUAUUUAAAUAGUACACUUCAGGCAUUAUUUCAUGUGCCAGCACUUGUAAAUUGGUUAUUAUCGGAUUCACAUCAUACUUCAAAAUGUGAACAAAAUGUUUUAGAUGGAGGUGGAGAGUGCCUUACUUGCGCAGUGGCUAAGACUCUACAAUUCAGUCACCAGAAGUCAGGAUGCGCCAUCAAACCAUUCUAUAUAUAUAAUAAAUUAAAACUUAUCUGUCGAACUAUGGUACCAGGACAACAAGAAGAUGCUCAUGAGUUUUUACGUUAUUUAUUAGAAGGAAUGGAAAGAGCUUAUUUAACAAGACGCAAAGCAGGAAAGUUAGACAGUUAUUCUAAAGAAACAACACCUAUCAAUCAAAUAUUUGGUGGUUAUAUACGCACUGAAGUUAAGUGUUUACAAUGUGGUCAUGUUUCUACUACGUUUCAACAUUUUCAGGAUUUAUUGGUUGAUAUACGUAAAGCAAGCACAUUGGACGAAGCGUUAAAUAGUUAUUUCAGUCGAGAACAGUUGGACAAUAACGAUUAUAAGUGUGAAGCUUGUAAAAGAAGAGUACCCGCGACUAAACAAUUUAGUUUAGAACGAGCUCCUAAGGUUUUGUGUGUUCAGUUAAAAAGAUUUAGUGUUUUGGGAGGGAAAAUAUCUCGUCAUAUAGAUUUUAGACAAACAAUAGAUAUGGGUCCUUACCUAUGGAGAGAACCAAACGAACCUUUGCUGCAGCUUACUUAUAAACUUAUGUCAAUUGUUACACAUAUGGGCCCGUCAGUAAAUUGUGGGCAUUAUACAGCAGUUGCACAAAUUUCAACUGGUCAAUAUUACUCCUUUGAUGAUUCAUGCGUUCGUCCAAUUAGUCUUAGCAAUGUAUUAAAUACAAAUGCAUAUAUAAUGAUAUUUGAAAUGGAACCUAAUCAAGGUCAAAUAAAUAAUCAACAGGCAGUUAAAAUGAAUGGCAUGUCAUCUGAAAAAAGUGUAUUGUCCUCAAGUCCUUCUAGUAAAUCUGUAAAUCCAAAAGCAUCAACAUCUGACAUAUAUAAUGGAUCUGUUAACGGUUCGCCCAUCAAUAAAAGUGGUAUAGAAGGUUCAAAGAUAGGUGCUCAAUUAUCCAUACAAAAGAAUGUAGGACUUCAGCUUCCUCUACAGAAGUGUACAAGUAUCAGUGGAACACAAUUAUCACAAAAGUCACAAGACAAAUCUCAACCAUGGCUUGCAGUGCAGUUUAAAAAAGUAUUAAGUGGAAAUAGUUUAGUACCAUAUGAUGGAUCAAGUGAUGAGGAAGAGAUAAAUUCUUCUGUAUCAAACAAAACUCGUGUAGUAACGAAUGUGUCUACAUUGAAAACAAAUCUUUCCCUUACUGUAGCUAAUGGUGCACAGAAGGCAUCAACAGUAAAAGACUCAAUACCUAAAACAGUUCCUACCUCAAAAGAAACACAAAUAUUAACAAUGAAACAGUCUAAUAAUUCAACGUCUUCAAGUCAAAGUAGUUCUGUUCAGUGUACGAAAGUACAGAAUGUUUCUAAUGGCAAUAGUUCAUUAACUGCCUUGAAACAUCAAAAUGGUAAAUCAGAAGUAAAUGGUAAGAUGGAAAAUAGUAGCAAAGAAAAGUCUUAUCAUCCAAUUAGAGUAAAAACAGGCCAGGAAGAUAAAGUACUUACCAAAGCUGCAAGUAGCAGUAUAAAGGGUUGGCAAGUAUCAAAGGAUGCAUUUUCUCCCAUAUCAAAUGCAACCCCAAAUGGAUGGUCUGUGACUGACAACAAAGAAGAUUCAACUAAAUGCAGUCAAAGCAAUAUAACGCCAAGCGCUGCAGCAUUGAGAGAUUUUAAUGGAACAAAUCGUUCGGACACUGUCUCAAAUUUAUUAAAAAUGUCCCAUCGUGGAUAUGGCAGUACCUUAGUAACAAAUUGGCGUGGCAAUAGAUGUCAUUUAGAACGUGAAGUUGAUAAUGACAGACGAGAAGAGCGUAAACGUCACAUUAAUGCGGACGACGAGGAAGCAGAUCGAGGUCGAGUAAAAAAAGUUAAAGAACACAGAAUGUUUGGCGAUAGAAUAAGUACCGGAUAUAAUUUAUUCCAAGAGUAUCAAAAUGGGAAGACUUGGAAUCGAUCAAUUAGCGGUUACCAUCGAGAAUCUUAUUAUAAUGCUUCCAAUAAUACGCGGCUACGACGUAAUAGUAAUUAUAGGCAUCCUCGUUAUAGAUACCACAAUAAUUCUCGCGUACAUUGGCAACGUGGAUAAAAGAAAACAAAAAAUUCUAUAAAAUAGCCUCUACGACAUUCUGAUGUUAUGGGAGAUAUGGUAUUAGUUCGAAGUUGCUGAUCGAUACACAGUUUCACUGUCUAUUGAAAGUAAACUGUCAAAGCCUAUGUCUCAGCGCUGAUUUAGAUUAUUAAUUCAUAAAGUAUCUCAGUGUCAGAUAUAUAAUGUGGUUCUUUUAUUGCAUUUUAACUCUUGCAUGUUCCUGAAGAGUUCAUAACGUGGUUUGAUUUUUUCUUCUUUUAUUUUAAAGAUGAUAUAUGACUAAUGAUAAGGAGGUUGAGUAUCGAUAAUACAUAUAUACCAAUUUUGUGUUCAAAACAAGUGUAAAGAAUUCUUAUCAUUAUUAUUAUUAUUAUUAUUAUUAUUAUUAUUAUUAUUAUUAUUAUACAUUUUACUAUAUGAAUUCUUGAGUUUUACUUUUAUGUGAUAUUUAAGUAUAAAUGCAUUUCAUAAAAUUUGUAUCAUUUAAAAAAUUUAUUUUUUUUUUGUUUUCUUUUUGGCUGAAUUGAAGUAGCUUCAUAUAUAAAAGUAAAUUUUAAUUCGUAUAAUUUAUAACUACAAGAACAUAAUUGUUUUCUCUCAAGAAUUCAAUAUGCUUAUUAUUGAUUAAUAAUGGUUAAAAUAUAAAAUAAUCUUGAACUUAUUUUUAUAAUGUAUAUAUUCAUUUUUUUGAGAAAUAUGAAUUUUAAAAGAAUUAUUACAAAAAGAUAGCACCUGGCUGAAAUAACAUUUCUUUAAUAUUACAGAUAUUACAUUUAAAUACUAAUGCAAAUAAAUAAUGCUAUCCGUCCUUCUAUCUUUACCAAUGAUACUCAUCUCCUGUUCUGUAAUUUAUAUUUAUGUGCAAAGAGAUUAUUUAAUGUUUUAGUAAGAGACACACCAAUCUGAACAAUUGCUAUUUCUUGCACGAUUCCUUAAUAAAAAUUAAAAAUUCCUUAAUAAAUUCUUUUUUAAAAUAAUUGUGGUAUCUAUUUCGUUUGAAAGUAAUUUUGAAUCAAUAUCUGUUAAUAUUUGUGUGUAAAUUGUUUCUCAAAUAAUAAACUAGACUCAAUAUUGAAAUAAUGUCCAUAAUGGAUUGAACAUAUUAAAUAUUAGCUUUAAAAGUAAUCGUAAUAAAAUAUUAGUUCAAGAAAAUUGUAAAUUACUUAGAUUCGUAAGUAUAGGACUUUUUAAUGAUAAGAAACAAGGAUUAAGAUUGCAAAACUAUAGAGAAUUUGUUAAGUCAAAUGUGAAGUAGAUCCUGUCUGCUUUCACUUACAAUACCUCGUUACAUCAUUUUACGAAUUAAAUACUAGCCAAAAGAUGUCAUUAGUAUCUCAUAUUGUAAAUCGCCGUAGAAAUAACGAUCAUAAAAAAAAAUGUCAACUUUAUGUACAAGAUAUAAAUCUAAAAAAAAAUUCAUUUGUAUUUGCCAUUAGAAUAAUUUACUGAAAUAAAACAAAAGUAUCUAGAAAAAAUU